AUGGAUGACAAGGAAGUGGCUGUGGAGAAGACUGAGACCCGAAGAAGCAAAAACGAGAAUGGCGAACCAGUAUCGGGGAAGAAGAAAGGAAAACAUAUAGAAACAGAUUCAGAGAGUGACAGUGAUGCAGGAGAUGAUAGUGAGAUGAUGAAAGCUAAUGGUCAUUCUCAAAAGCCAUUGAAGAUGAAGGAGGCUGCAACUUCUGUGAAUGGAAAGCGUGUUGAGCAUCUCAAAUCAGUCAUCAAAUAUUGUGGGAUCAAACUUUGCGUCUUAAUCAAACUUUUGGUAGAUCUAAGAAAAAAUCUCUAUGUUUGGUUCAUUAUUAUUGUUGUUUUUGGAAGUGUUCCUCCUGCAAUUUACAGGAAAGUCAAGAAGGCCCCUGAAGAGAAACGUGAGGAUACUUUAAUAGAAGAACUUGAGCAGAUACUUGCCAAAGAAGGUCUCUCUUCAGAUCCUUCAGAGAAAGAGAUCAAAGAAGUAAAGAAAAACAAAGAUAUAUCGAAAGAGCUUGAGGGUAUUGAUACAAGCAACAUUGUAUCGAGUACAAGCUUUAUUCCUCCAAUGCCAAAGAUAACAAGCGAGAGUGAGAGUGAUGAAGAAGAAGAGUCUGAGAAUGGAGAGGAUAACGAAGAAGAAGAAGAAGAAGGUAAUGAAGAAGCUGAGGAAGGAAGCCAAAACGAAGAAGAAUCAAAUAAUGGUGUGAAAUGA